UAACUCUACCAAACUUAGAAGGUUCAACAACGCCAGUAACCGUUUUCAAAGGUUCAAAGAAACCUUACUUAAGAGAAUGCAUUUUGAUUAUUAACCGUGAUACUGGAGAAUGCCGACUAGAAAAACUCAGCAGCAAUAUCACAGUAAAGAAAACAAGAGUUGAAGGAAGCAGUAAAAUUCAGUAUCGUUUAGAGCAACAACAACAACAAAUGCGGAACCCAACCAGGACUCCGUAUCUUCCAAAACAUUCUACAUCUGAGGACAAGAUGUCUCCAGCAUCUCCAAUGGAUGACAUUGAAAGAGAACUGAAGGCAGAAGCCAGUUUAAUGGAUCAGAUGAGUAGUUGUGAGAGUUCCUCAGAUUCCAAAAGUUCAUCAUCUUCAAGUAGCGAGGAUAGUUCUAGUGACUCAGAAGAUGAAGAGUGCAGAUCCUCUCCUGAUUCAGGGAAUUAUACCUCUGGACAUCCUACCAUCUCUGCCAUGCCACAGUGCAGGAGUCCUGAGAUAGAUCCCAGUCCUAAUAGAUUUCAUGACAACAGUGGCCUUCUUAUGAAUACUCUACGAAAUGAUUUGCAACUGAGUGACUCAGGAAGUGACAGUGAUGACUGAAGAAAUAUUUAUAAAAUGAAAUUUCCAAGGCAUGGGAUAAUUUAUUUUGUGUAAAAAUAAAAAAUUCCUAAGUGUGAAGAAAUUGUAUCUUAACUUUUUAUGAUAAUAGAAAUUAAAUUUGAUUCAGAAUUUCCAGUUGAUGUUAUAUUUUUAAUAUGACAAAUAUUGGAAGAAUAUUUUUAAUUUUGUAAUCAAAUACCAGAAUCUUUAUGUGCUAUCUGUGUUUAAUAGUAACAACAUCUUUAUAAAGUUUGAUAAGUGGGAAAACAGACUGAGAGGUUAGGUAACUUGUCCAACUACUGUUAAUGAACAGGUAGCAGAUCAGGCAUUCUGGGGUCUAAGUUCAGGGCUCUUUUUUACUGUACUGCUAUCUCUAAUUGUGAAAUAUCAAAACUAUAGAUUUAUAAUAAAUUUCCAUGGUUUUAAUUAUAUCUUUGAGACUUCUGGUAUUCCUUAAAUUAUGAUAGAAAAUACUUUAAUUCUUGACAAAAUUAAGCUAUUGUUU